AUGCCGAGAUUUUGGGUGUCUUCUCCACUUUAUGCAAGAGCGCUUUCUUCUUACGAGACGCUUUCACCCACAUCAUACCCGCAUCUCCAUCAUGGCGUGAUCCUGUCCGGCGACUGUCAGGGCAACAUCAAGACAUUUGACGCACACUCGGCGCUUUCGUACCGCUCACUGCCCAAACCUCAUUCAAAUGCGGUACAUUGCAUCACGACCAACGAUGCUGCCACAUUGGCUCUGUCAAACGCCAUUGACGGCACGGUCGCGCUGUGGGACCUGACGCCUUUUGCAACAGCGAAACCACCAGCUGAGAGCAACGACGAUGCUUUGGCUGCAGGGAAUGCUUCUGAGGAGCCUGCUCUGCUUCCCCUGCCAGUCGAUGACCCGAAUCAGCUGCUGGUCGCAACAAUCGACUCGAUCACUUCCCAUUCCACACCACAAGCAAAGCUAUCCGAGGCAUGGAAGACUGCGCUCCAUCCAACAGCUCCCCUCUUUGCCUCUGUCGGCGCAGGAGCUACUAUAUCGCUGCACUCCCUCCCCUCCCAGGAGUCUUCUGGAUUUGGGACAAUGCUCGCAACCGCGACUCUUCCACCCUCACUCGAGAACAAGAAAGAUGUCUUCGGACUCUCCCUCUCCUUCCACCCAUCCGGUAACCAUCUCUCCGUCGGGACCAAUAUCGGUCAGGUCCUUCUCUACACACUCUCUUCCGACUACCAACUCACUCUCGUUUCAGCCUAUCUCGAUCACCCAUCGCCCGUUCGCGCGCUCUCCUUCACCCCGAACCUCCUGCUUUGCGGAUCCGACGAUCGAACCAUCACAAUCCACGAUGUGAAACCUAUCCUCUCUCCCUCCCAACACUCGUACCCACUCGUCGGUGACGAAGAGAGGAUAGGCGGAACAGUCGCCUCGCUCUCCGGUCACAAGGGAUGUUUGUUGGCACUUCAAGCAGUAGAGGGUAGCGAAGGCAAUGUGUUUGCUAGUGUGGGUGCGGAUAAGAGCAUCAAAUUUUGGGAUCUGGCGAGCGCGACCAAGUCGACACCGGUAUGGAAUGGUGGGGAAGUGAAGGGUGUAAGAGCGUUUGCGGUUCAACCCAGAUGGAGGGAGAAGGUGGAGGCCAAGGAGGGCGAGGUGAAUGGUGCAGCAGCAACAGCAACGAGUUCGAUGACUCGCUUCGUCACUGCUAGCGAAGACGGCAGGUUGCGAUGGUAUAGAGGUGCUGGUCUGGGUUGA